UGCAGGCCCUCGCGAGGCCAGAGGCUGAGGUGGCAGUGACUCUGCCGACAUGGAGCUGCUGCAGAUGCCGGAGCUGAUGGGGCUGUCGCUGUUGCUCGGGCUGCUGGCCCUGAUGGCGACGGCGGCGGUAGCGCGGGGGUGGCUGCGCGCGGAGCAGGAGACGUGCGGCCGGUCCGCAGGCCAAAGAGCAAAUGGAUUUCCACCUGACAAGUCCUUGAGAUCCAAGAAGCAGAAACAACAUCAGCGGAUUCACAAGGAAAAGCCUCAGCAACACAACUUCACCCACCGCCUCCUGGCUGCAACACUGAAGAGCCACAGUGGGAACAUAUCUUGCAUGGACUUUAGCAGCAAUGGCAAGUACCUGGCCACCUGUGCAGAUGACCGUACCGUCCGCAUCUGGAGCACCAAGGACUUCCUGCAGCGGGAGCACCGCAGCAUGAGAGCAAAUGUGGAGCUGGACCAUGCCAUCCUGGUGCGCUUCAGCCCUGACUGCAGAGCAUUCAUCGUCUGGCUGGCUAACGGAGAUACCCUCCGUGUCUUCAAGAUGACCAAGCGAGAGGAUGGGGGCUAUACUUUCACGGCCACCCCAGAGGACUUUCCUAAAAAGCACAAGGCAGCCAUCGUCAAUAUUGGCAUUGCUGACACAGGGAAGUUCAUCAUGACUGCUUCCAGUGACACAACUAUCCUCAUCUGGAAUCUGAAAGGUCAGGUGCUGUCUACCAUCAACACCAACCAGAUGCACAAUACAUCUGCUGCUAUAUCCCCUUGUAGCAGGUUUGUGGCCUCAUGUGGCUUCACCCCAGAUGUAAAAGUUUGGGAAGUCUGCUUUGGGAAAAAAGGGGACUUCCAGGAGGUUGUGCGAGCCUUUGAACUGAAGGGCCACUCUGCAGCCAUCCACUGCUUCGCUUUCUCCAAUGACUCCCGGAGGAUGGCCUCUGUCUCCAAGGAUGGUACGUGGAAACUGUGGGACACAGAUGUGGAAUACAAGAAGCAGCAGGACCCCUACUUGCUGAGGACGGGCCGUUUUGAAGAAGCGAGCGCCGUGCCGUGCCGCCUGGCACUCUCCCCGGACGCCCAGGUUUUGGCUUUGGCCAGUGGCAGCAGUAUUCAUCUCUAUAAUACCCGGCGGGGUGAGAAGGAGGAGUGCUUCGAGCAGGUCCAUGGGGAGUGUAUCAGUGACUUGUCCUUUGAUGUCACUGGCCGGCUUCUGGCCUCCUGUGGGGACCGGGCAGUGCGGCUCUUCCACAACACCCCUGGCUACCGGGCAGUGGUGGAAGAAAUGCAGGGCCUCCUGAAGCGGGCCUCCAAUGAGAGCACCCGCCAGAGGCUACAGCAGCAGCUGACGCAGGCCCAGGAGGCCCUGAAGAGCCUGGGUGCCUUGAGGAAAUGACUCUGGGAGGGCACAGCAGGAAGGAUCUGGCCUUCUGCCUUCGCUGCCGCGGCUUUUCCCAGGUACUCCCCAGCUGGAAGCCUUUUGAAAGGGGUGUGCUGAUUUUCUUAAUAGUGACUCUUCUCUCCUCUUUCCCACUGAAACUAUUCUUGCCUACUUAGAUCUCUCUCUCUUCUUGCUGGUGUGACUCCGGCCUUACUUGACCUCCCAGGCCAACGACCAAGGUGCUUUUCUUUUUCCUGGGCCCAAGGGGUGGAAUCUGUCUUCACCGGGCAUGAGGAGAGUGGUAAUUAGAAGAGAAAGAGAGAACAUGGUCUUUGACCUUGUGGCAACACACCCUGCUAUCCAAAGAAGCGUGUAAUUGUGCGACUUCCCUGACGGUCCAGUGGUUAAGACUCUGCGCUCCCAAUGCAGGGGGCCUGGGUUUGAUCCCUGGUCAGGGAACUAAGAAAAAAAAAAAAAAAAAGACAAAGAAGCUUGUAAUUGUGGAGGCAAAACCUAGGGAACACCUGAGUACUAACCAGCAGUCUUGAAGGGAUAGGAGAUUGGGAUAUCUUCCAAUUCCAUAACUGUGGUAUGGCUCAGGGAAAGGCUGAUCUUAACCCAGCAAAGCGCCUAACUUCAUCAAAAAGUGAUUAAGGGAUUUCAUUCUGUGCCUCAGUUUUCUUAUUUGUGAAAUGGAGAAUAAUUAUCUCUUGACCUCGUUACAAAGAUGUUGUGAGAGUAUGAGGGUAUGAAGUCCCUAGAUUUGGAAGCAAAGUAGAAAAGAGUCAUAACAUAUGUUACCUGUUGUCCCAUAUCAGUUAUUAACUACUGGGUUAAAACAGGGCAGUUUGAAACUCAAUUAGAAAGAAACAUAUCCCUUGGGAAGGCCAAGUUUCUGGGACUUGAUCGUACAUUUCAUAUCUGAUUCUGCUUUAAGUUGUUUGGGAGAAUCACAGAAUCCCGAGAUAGGGCUCUUCUCUUCCAGGAGGUUAUAUCCUGUUUGAGGAGAACUUCUUUUCAGUUCACCAAACAUUUGAGUGCCUACUCUGUGCCUAGCGCGCAGUACUGGACCCUGGAGAUAAGUAUGAAUAAGACAUCGUUUCUGCCAUCAAAGAUGGCUGGUGGGAGAGAGGUUCACAUGUCUAUGAAGUGCUUUUGUUAGUUUAUUCAUAGCUGGAGAAGGCUGUUGUAAAAGUUAAAGCGAGAGAGAGGAUUGAAUCAGGACAGAGGCAAUGAAUAUGGAGUUGAAGGGUAGAUUUGAUAGAUUAGGUAUUUAGAAGUUCAAAUUUUGGGACUUUGAGGACUGCUUGGAUGUGAGAUGGAAAUGAGGAAUCUUAGGAAGACUUGAGCCUAGGGAAAAUUUACUCAAUUCUUCCUCCCUCUCCCUAAAACUGGGACCUCCGCUAGUCACCCCCAGCUCAGAGAGAUAUUUGAACAAGUCACAACCUUGGAGUUAUCCUUAGUUACUCCCUUUUCAUACUCUCUCCGCCCUACUGCACUACUGCCGUCCACUCCACCAGAAAAUUCUUUUGGUUACAUUCCAGUUUAUAUCCUGAAUCUGCUACCUCUCUCCAUCUUUUCUGUUACCAUCCUGGUCCUAGCCACUGUCACCUACUGGACUGCUAUAACAUAGCUUCCUCAUUGGCCUCCGUACUUCUUCUCUUGCCUCGUUAAGUCACUUUUCUAUGUAGCAGGGUGAUCUUUUAAACAUGUAAACCAAAUCACAUUGUUCCCAAGUUAAAACCCUGAAAAGACUCUCCAUCACAGUUGGAAUAAAAUCCAAAAUUCUCACCAUGGCCUACAAGGUCCUAUGUAAUCUGGCUUCUUCUUUCCUCCGUGACCUUGGUUCCACUUUCCCAGCCACCCCAGCCUUGCUGUUCCUCCACCAAGCCAAGUUAUUUCCAGCCUCAAGGGCGACUUGUGCCUGUGCUUUUCCCUCUGCUUAGAAGCAUUUUUUUUUCUUCUGUUGGCAGUCUUGUCAUGCUUGUCAUAAUUCAGUUCUCAGUUUCGAUUAUACUUCAGAGAAACCCUCCCUGACCACCCAAUCUGAAGUAGCCCUUUCUACCAAUCAUAUCACAUCCAUCACAUUAGCUUAUUUUAUUUUAUUUUGCAUUACUUAAUGCUAUCUGAAAUUACCUUGUUUGGAUAUUUGUUGGCUUCAGGGGUUUUCAGUUUAAAUGCUUAUGGAUGUCAAAUGGGUAAUAUAAGUGGGUGAUUUGGGCCACAGUCUUCUGGGUGUAAGACAGUAGGAAAUGGUGGGAACUGAAGUGAUCUCUACGGGGCAUGUGUCCUGGGUAAGGGGCAGGCGUGGCUGCAACUUAAUAGUCAGGAUUCCAGCAGAAGUUGCCUGUUUCAGAGAAGCUAGAAGUUGGCAAUUUCUUAUAAACAGAAAAACUCAGGCACUGUAGGGACCAAACAGAAUGCUCCUGUGGGCAGGAUGCGGCCCAGCAGUCUCACUGGCAGCUUCUGGAUUGUUCAGUAACCCACUGGAAUGUGACAAGAAUCCUUGUCUGUCUGAUUUGCUCUGUAUCCCACACACAGUACCUGGGAUAGAGUAAGCACUCAAUAAAUGUUGAACUCAAACCAGGGCAGUUGACAGAAAUUUCAGUACCCUCUGUGUAUUGUGGUUUUAUGUUCCUAAGAAUAGACUUCUGACUGAUAAUACUAUGCACCUGGGUCCUGGUGAAUACUUGCUUUCUGAAUGUCUGAAGAAUGAGACUAAAACACUUUGCACAUCUGCUUGGCUCUGGCUUUACUCUCGUAUAUCCAGGAGAGGAAGUGACCACAGAAUGUUGAGUUACGGAAGUCAGAAGUCUUCAGUUCCAAUUUCAGCUGGGGCACUUACUGACUUGAGGCCUUGAACAGACAGAUCACUUGACCUCUCUGAGUUUGUUUCCUCAUCUGUAAAAUGGGAAUAAAUCCUGUCCUUCGUGCUUUGCAGGGCUAUGAAUUUCUAAUAAGAUGAAUGAAAGCACUACAAAAAAGUCAUUACAGAGACUUCCUGAGGACAGAAAGCUCCUCUCACUAAAGAUGAGGCUGCUUGUCUUGUAAGCGUGGAGAAGCUACCUGGAUAUUCAUGUAGCCUAGAGGCCACCGUGGUUUUUUGGUAAAAAAUCCUUGUGUGUGAAGGCAGUGUUAAUACUUUAAUAUUACUAUUUCAGUGUCUGUGGGUUUGAAAUUUUUCAAAAUAAAAAUUUGGGGAAAUAUUUUUAAAUGGUGAUAUAUAGAUUACUUUUAUCAGUCAUCAAAAAUAGAAAAAAAUAUUUAAACCACAAAAGUGCACAUCUAAAGGCCUGUUGAUAGUCUUCAUCAAUUUCAAUUAAGGUAAUGAGAAUACUCUUAUUUAAAAGAUGUUCUGGGGGAUUCCCUGGCUGUUCAGUGGUUAGGACUCCGUGCUUCCACUGCAAGGGGCACGGGUUCGAUCCCUGGUCAGGGAGCUAGAUCCCGCAUGCAUGCUGCAACUAAGAGUUCGUAUGCCACAGCUAAGGAGCCCACCUGCCGCAACUAAGACCUGGUACAACCAAAUAAAUAUUUUUAAAAAAAUGAUUAUAGGUUAUAUCAGAGACCCAGCAUUGCCCCAAAUUGGCCACAUAUCUAGAAAUAAUAAUUUGGGAUUCAUGUUCUCCUCUACAAAAUUACAGAAAUAUGAGUCUUCCAGGUGAUCCUGGCUUGUUUUGAGCACACAGCUCUUGAGGCUGAGGCCCACUGAUAGAACAGGUUGGCGCUGCAGAAUCAGCCUCAGCAACCGAAAGCAUGAUUCAUAUACACAAACCUGGGAAUGUCUUCUUGAGAUUGUGACUGUAUGUCCAAGUCUUCAUUUCUUCAAGCUUCCAACUCUGAUCCCAGAGUUCAGGGCAACUGGAAAAUGAGUGUGGUUUCCACUUGCUUUCUAUUCAGUAUACAUACCCAGCUUGAGUCCAUUUGCAUUUUCUUGGUCACAUUAAUAGUGGCUAACAUUGAGUGCGAAGCCUUCAGUCCCUACCAACUCACUAUUGUUUUUGCCUCAGCAAAACCCAGUAACCAACCACAUCUUAGUUUUUAUUUGGUGAAGUCCCACUUCCCCAAAUCUUAAUCUGUACAAUUUAUAGGGGAUAGACCCAGACCCUCCAUGGUGGGCAUAUAACCAAUCAGCAUAUUCCUGGACUUUGCCAGAGCUUUAGAAAAGUGAAAAUAUGUUUAAUUUUCUGCUGGAUUGCUUAGUAAGUUGAAUGUAAAGAAACUAUGUGUAGUCCUGUCCAGGAAUGAAGCCAACACAGGAAAGCAGCCAAAGAUGUAGAGAGAUGCUGUGCUGAGGAUGCUGCUUGUUUAGACAGCUGGAUCCAGACACACCUGAGGCUGCCACCACUGGACUGUCAGUUAUAAGAGCCAAUAAAUUCCUGUUUAUGAUUGUCCGUUCGAGUUGGGGUACUCCUACUUGCAACUGAGAGAGCCUUGACAUCAGUAUUAUUAGAGAGUCCAAAUAAAUUGCCCAAGGCACAUAACCAAUAAAUGGCUUGCCCAGAUCUUUAAGUUUAGGCCUAUCUAGUACUAAAAUACAUUCCUUUAGGGAAUUCCUUGGCGGUCCAGUGGUUACGACUCUGCACUUUCACCACCGAGGGCUUGGGUUCAAUCCCUGGUCUGGGAACUAAGAUCCCACAAGCUGUGCGGCCUGGCCAAAAAAAGAAAAUUAAAAAAAUAAAUUCCUUUCAUUUGUAAAGCUAGAGGCAAGGAUACAAAUGAAGGCCCACAUGCCAUGCCAUGUCUUAAUAUUUCUUAUAAAUUAAGCUGAGCUCAAAUAUGUUCUAUCCUCCUACCUUCAUAUAAAGUCCUGGAAGGCCAAGUUCAAAUUUAGAAUUCUCAGACUCAGGACUGUGCCACAAAGUGUUGUCAAAGCCAACCAUCCCAUGAUCAAGGCCGUCCCCCUUUUCCCACCUGAUUCUUUCCCGCAUUGCAAGAGAUACCCCAGCCCACACCUCACAUGCCAUCACAUCCCUGCAAGACACCACCCGCCCCUUGGCCACCAACCGCUUGGGCCUUAGGGUGUGCACCGUGGCAGCCCCACCUUUGUGAGAAUGGACCUGGCAAGAGGCUGGUACAAGCUCUUGAAGCAGGGUUGUGUCUGUUUGGACAGGGAGUCCAGGGUCUAGUGGAUGAGAUGGGGACAAAAGCUCUGGGCGGUCACAUUUCCCUGGUCCUGCAACUGUGCCUCGUGGGGAGGGGCAUGGCAAGAAGAGGGCCAGGCCAGGACUCCUCCCUCCGGAGGAGUCCUCUUUGCCCACAAACACUGUGUUGACCACACUCCAUCUUCUCCCUGCAAUUUCAAGUUCACUAUGCUAAGCUCUCCUCAACACGUCAGAAAUGUAAUACAGUAUUUUAUUGUGAGUUCCUGGGGGUUUGACCAGGUAUGUAUCAGAGUUUUUCUAAAAGUUCUGGAUACCUGAAAGCAGUCUUGUGCGUUUUCUUUACCGGUAUCUGUGGUCUGAUUACUGACUCUCCAUUCUCACCUUCAAAUUCUUCCAAGCAUCCCAGAGACCAGCUGCACCCAGGGUACCAACAUGGAAACCAUGUACACCUUGAUCCUUCAUCACAGUCCUAACCACUCGACCGCCAGGGAAUUCCUAUACCCUUUGAUUCAAAAGCCCUCUUUUGCAUAGUUUCUGCACCCAAUACUCAGUGCUUGCCACUGGGAAGCAAAGAUGGAUAGAUGGCAUUCCUUCCAUCCAGAAGGCACUUGAUCUGGUAUCAGGAAAUACAACAAUAAUAGUAACAACAGCAAAUAUUGAUUAUGUGGUAGGCAAGGUUCUAAGUGCUUUGUACACAUUAGGCUAUUUAAGCUUCACCCCAUCCUAUUGGGUAGAUAUUGCUAUUCCCAUCUUAGAGAUGGUGAAACUGAGAAACAAAGAGGUUAAGGGACUUCCCUAAGUGACAGAGUUAGGAUAUGAACUUGGCUCCAGCCCUUGUGUUCUCAACCCACUCUUACGCAGCCUCCCAGCCAUGCCUGUACCCAGAACAUAGGCCAGAAUGUGGUUACCUGCCAUCAGCGAGGCACAGCCCUGUGCCCAGUACAGUGCCUGGUACUCAGAAAUGACAAAAUGAAGACAGCCAGGGUAUUACUGAAUAUCACAGAACCCGUGUGUAGAAGGGUCUGGAAGUAGCAAGAGAGGCUGGAGAGGAAGAAAAAACAGGCUUACUCAGAGAGGCAGAUGGGAAACCAGACCCAGUGUCAGGAGGAUGGAUAAGGAGAGCUCCCUCCCCUCUCCUUUUUUUCCUUCCUCCCUCCCUCCCUCCCUCCCUUCCUUCCUUCCUUCCUUCCUUCCUUCCUUCCUUCCUUCCUUCCAGGGGUAGUUGCUAAACAUCUUCCAUGGGCUAUAUUUGGAGUAUACAAGUUGUUUCCUCCCUGUGGCUGUGGGGAGAAGGAAGGCCUGGAUGUACAUGACUAGGUUACAGAUCUCAAAUAAAUAAUAUUUUUGUUUGCUUGUUUUUUAUUUAAGGAGAAUAUUUAAAUAAUAAAACCGCGUCAGAGCUCCUUA